AUUUUGUUGUUUCCAGCACAAACGUGACACAGAACCCCCGUGUAAGUCAAAUGCGCAUGUGUGCAGGACCCUGAUGCAAUACAAAGACGGCGAGGAGGAUAAUUUCAUUGUCGAUGAAGGCAAAAAUUGUGCCUGUGACAACUGCUCGACAACAUGGUCGGAACACGACAGGUAUUCAUUUACCUGGCAACAUUUCAAACGAUUGGACAUGAUAGUUCAGUACAAAUUGUGUGGUCCUAUAAUGCCUGAAAGGAUUUGCAAUGACGACGAAGUUGCUGCUUUGAUGGAAACCGAGGUGAAUGGCUGGCAUAUCCAUAUGAGAGAGGAGAGAUGCCGAUGCAAGAACAACAUUUUCUACCUCAGAGGUUGGGAGAAACGAAAUAACCUCUGGAUCUACGAAUAUCGCUGUAAAAAGGUGGUAUGUGCAACCGAUGGAGCUGUAUGUGCUAAAGUCUACGUGAACAGAGCCCUUGGUGAAGCUUUGAAAUACCAGUUCACUUGCCUAUGUCAAAAUAGUCGACAAUGUGUGACUGAAGUUGAUAUCGUCCCUAACAUGUAUACCGAUGACGACGAACAUGGCGAAUACGUUCCCCGGAUGUGCGACCAAAUCAUUGGAAAAGGUCGGUAGUUUCCGACACUGAUCGUAACAACAAUGAUUCGGCUUCUUUCUUCGUUUUUUCUUUUUUUUUUUUAUUCCUCUCCUUCAUCUUUUCUUUUCCUGCCACACAUACUUUAUAUGUUAGUCCUCAACGAUGUGAAAACGCACGCUUAAUUUUUCUGAUACAGAAAUAUUCAGUCUGAAAAAAACGACCUGGUUUCUGUAGGGCUUUGAUCCAAUUACAACAACAUAUCUAAAUUUCAAACGAACCUUCUCACAUUUUCUAUCGUUUUAGUUAACGUUUCUUAAUGCACACUAUAUAACAUUUAAUAUUUAGUCAAUAAAUAUCUAUCACUGCAGAAUUUACUUUCAAAAUAUAUUCUUUAAUACAAUGUUUGUUUAUUUCCCUCCUAAAAAAAUAUAUCAAAUAAUUUUGCUUAACUUCAUAACAAAACUGGAUGCUUUUCUUUAACUGUUAUAAUAUACAUGUAUGUGCACAUAUGCGUGCGUGCGUGUGUGCGUGCGUAUGCAUACAAAACCUCUUCAUACAUCUAUCGUCUGUUUUUGAUAAGAUGCAAUUGUAGUAGUGUUUCAAGAAUUCUUAAUCCUCUUUAGCGGUUCUAUAUUCCUCAUUCAUUCAGUAUUCAAUUCUAUUAUUUUUUCCUCCUUCUUUCUCUCUUCAUAUCAAUAUAAUUCUGUGUGUGUGUGUGUGUUUAUACCUGUGUACAAACUAUAGCGCAUAAUAGAUCGUGGUGAUAUAUCAGCUAAAGAUGAUGAUAACUAAAAAUUUAGUUUUACCAUUGUCUGUAACUGUUAGUAGUUAGUCUACUAAUCCAAUAAUACGUGUGAAUGUAACCAGAGAUAUAUUUUAAAAAAUAUCUACAAAAAAAA